UUCACCAUUGCGGUUAUCGCAGCCAUGGCGGUUCAAGUGGCAGCACCUUCAAGCCUCAGCUUCACCAGCGAAACAGAGUACAGAUAUGAUGUUUUCCUGAGCUUCAGAGGCAAAGAUACUCGCCAUUCCUUCACUGUGAUUCUCUACGAUGCUUUGCGCCGGAAAGGAAUCAACGCCUUCAUCGAUGACAAGAAGCUCGGGAAAGGAGAACGGAUCGCACCUUCUCUUCUUAAGGCCAUAGAGAGAUCCAGGGUUUCAAUUGUUGUGUUCUCUACCAACUAUGCUACUUCAACGUGGUGCCUGGAUGAACUGGCCCACAUCAUUCGAUGUAAGAAGGAGAAGAACCACAUGGUUAUGCCUAUCUUUUACAAGGUGGAUCCCAUGGAUGUUCAGUAUCAGAGGAAUAGCUUUGGCGAAGCCAUGGCUGCUCAUGAAGAUAGGUUCAGAAAUGACCUAGAGAAAGUACAAAAAUGGAGGUCUGCUUUGUCUGAAACUGCUAGUUUGUCAUCAGCAUGGCUUUUUGGAGAUGGAUACGAAUUUGGUUUUAUUCAAAGGAUCGUUGAAGAAGCAUAUUCUAUGCUACCUCCUAAACGCCUCCAUAACACUGAUCAUAUGGUUGGACUUGAGCCUCGUAAAGAAGAAGUGACGUCACUUUUAGAUGAAUGUGAUGAUGGUGUUUGUAUGUUGGGGAUUCAUGGAACUGGUGGAGUUGGCAAAACAACCCUUGCGAGGGCUGUCUAUAAUUCAAUCUUUUACCAAUUUGAAGGUGCAUGCUUUUUAUUUGAUGUCAAAGAAGCAUCAAAGAAAUACCAGGGCAUUGUUUGUCUUCAACAAACGCUUCUAUCAGAGACUCUUGAGGAAAAGAGAGUGAAGUUUGGGAGUGCUGACGAAGGAAUAUCAAGAAUAAAACAUAGACUCUCUCACAAAAGAGUGCUGCUGGUUCUUGAUGACGUUGAUGAGGUUGAACAGUUGGAAAAGCUUGCAGGAGGAUGUGACUGGUUUGGUUGGGGAAGCAAAGUCAUCAUAACGACAAGAAAUCAGCAAUUGCUAAUUGCGUGUAAUGUUGAAAAAACAUAUGAAAUGAAGGAACUAGAUGAUCAUGACUCUCUUGAACUCUUUUGUUGGCAUGCAUUCCAUAUGAGCCAACCUCCAGAAGGCUAUCAUGACAUGUCUUGUCAUGUUGUGAUAAGUUAUGCACGAGGCCUUCCUUUGGCUUUAAGACUGAUUGGUGCCAAUUUGGCGCACAAAAACUUGGAGGAAUGGAGGUCUACAUUGAAACAAUAUGAUUGUAUCUUGGAAAGAUCAAUUCAUGAAGUAUUAAAGAUAAGCUACCAUUGCCUUCAAGAUGGGGCAAAGAGUAUUUUCCUAGAUAUAGCUUGUUUCUUUGGAAUGUAUUUAUGGGAUUCUGUUGAAGAAAUAGUUGAAGCUUGUGAUUCUGGGGGAUGGUUUUAUAUUGAGGUGCUUGUUGAUAAAUCUUUGAUAUCUAUUGAUGAUAAGGGUCACUUGUACAUGCAUGGUUUGAUAAAACAAAUGGGCAGAGAGAUUGUGAGGAAUGAGGCACCAUUAGAUCCUUGCAAACGCAGUAGAUUAUGGUAUUAUAAAGAUGUUCUUAAAGUUUUAUGUGAAAAUUUGGGAAGUAGUAAUAUUGAAGGAAUAAUGCUUGAUCCGCCUCAACAAGAAGAUGUGAAGUGGAGCAGUUUAUCCUUUGAAAAGAUGACUAAUCUUAGAAUUCUUAUCAUUCGGAAAUCUCAAUUUUCAACCAGUCCUAAACAUCUUCCCAAUAGUUUAAAAUGGCUUGAGUGGGAGGGAUAUCCUUCUUCAACUUUACCACUUGAUUUUUCUCCGAGGAAACUAGUUUUCUUCAAGUUAUGUUGUAGUCCUUUCAGGCUGGAUCAGCCACUGAAGAGGUUUGAAUUUGUGACAUAUAUGAAUUUCUCACAAUGUGAAUUCAUAACAGAAAUACCUGAGAUGUCUCAAUUCCAAAGUUUAACAAGAUUGCUGUUUAAAGACUGUUGCAACUUGAUCAAAGUUCAUGAUUCGGUGGGAUCUCUCUCUAUGCUGAUGACAUUAAAUGUUCGUGGAUGUAUCAAACUCACAGGCUUUCCACGUGAAAUCAAGAUGCCAUCUCUUCAAAGUCUUGAUCUCAGUAAUUGUAAGAGUCUUGAUUACUUCCCACGUGUAGCGGGAAAUAUGGAUGCCCUAAAGUGUAUUUCGGCAAAUGAGACCGCUAUUAAAGAGCUCCCACCUUGCAUUGGAAAUCUUCCAAGCCUUGAAUUACUAAAUAUAAGGUCCUGCAAAAGUCUUAGGGAUCUUCCAAACAGCUUAUUAGCCUUGAAAAAUAUUAACUUCCUUAUUCUGGAAGGCACUCAACGUCGCAGCAGAAAAUCUUUGAAGAAACUAAUGCAUGAGAGACCAGAAGUUGUUAGAUUUAGUGCAAACUUGGAAUUCUUGAAUCUAAGCUAUUGUGGUCUAUUGGAUGAAGAUCUUCACCUAACUCUGAAUAUAUUUCAGAAUUUGGAGCAGUUAAAUCUAUCAGGAAAUAAUGAUCUUGUGUCGCUUCCUGGGUGCAUUAAAGAAUGUGCUAAGUUGGUGUUCUUGACACUGAAUAACUGCAAGAGAUUAAGACACAUACCAGAGCUGCCAUUGCAUUUGAACGUUCAAGCAGAGAAUUGCACAUCAUUAACUAACGAGUCAUCAGGCCAUAUAUGGUCUCAGGCGAAGAACGAGUUCUUUGGCAUGGGCAUCACAAUGCCAGCAACAACAACAGCAUUUCCUGAUUGGUUCCACAAUUGGUGUGAAGGAGGGAAAUUGUGUUUUCGUGCUCGCGGGUCGAAUUUCCCUCAUAUUCUCCUUUGA